AUGAAAAACAUUUUGUUAGAACGUACGCUCAAGGCAAGUGCAGUAACAAGGAAACACGCCAAGGUGGUUUCCGCAAAUAACGGGCUCGCAAAGCGCAAGCGCUUCGCCGCGACCGCCCGGACCUCGAUGCCUGCUCGCGGAGGCGCGCGGGGGUUCCAGGCCUUUGCUGCCUCCGUGGUUCGCGGUGCCCGGCUCGAUCGCGAGCUGGUGAAGUAUUAUAGACAUCUAGCACCUGAUCACUUACUACAAAUAUGUCACCGACUAGGACCUCUUCUUGAGCAAGAAAUUCCUCAAAGUGUUCCUGGAGUACAGACUUUAUUAGGAGCUGGAAGACAGUCCUUGCUACGUACAAAUAAAAGCUGCAAGCAUGUUGUGUGGAAAGGAUCUGCUCUGGCUGCAUUGCACUGUGGAAGACCGCCCGAGUCACCAAUUAACUAUGGUAGCCCCCCCAGCAUUGCGGAUACUCUGUUUUCAAGGAAGCUGAAUGGGAAGUACAGACUUGAACGACUUGUUCCAACUGCAGUGUAUCAGCACAUGAAGAUGCAUAAACGAAUUCUUGGACACUUGUCAUCUGUGUACUGUGUAACUUUUGAUCGAACUGGCAGACGGAUAUUUACUGGUUCUGAUGACUGUCUCGUGAAGAUCUGGGCAACAGAUGAUGGGAGAUUAUUAGCUACUUUAAGAGGACAUGCUGCUGAAAUAUCAGACAUGGCUGUAAACUACGAGAAUACCAUGAUUGCAGCUGGAAGUUGUGAUAAAAUGAUUCGAGUUUGGUGUCUUCGAACCUGUGCACCUUUGGCUGUUCUUCAGGGCCACAGUGCAUCUAUUACAUCUCUACAGUUCUCACCAUUGUGCAGUGGCUCAAAGAGAUAUCUAUCUUCUACUGGGGCAGAUGGCACUAUUUGUUUUUGGCUCUGGGAUGCUGGAACCCUUAAAAUAAACCCAAGACCUGCAAAAUUUACAGAGCGUCCUCGACCUGGUGUACAAAUGAUCUGUUCUUCCUUUAGUGCUGGUGGAAUGUUUCUGGCCACAGGAAGCACAGAUCAUAUUAUUAGAGUUUAUUUUUUUGGAUCAGGUCAGCCAGAAAAAAUAUCAGAAUUGGAGUUUCAUACUGAUAAAGUUGACAGUAUCCAAUUUUCCAACACUAGUAACAGGUUUGUAAGUGGUAGUCGAGAUGGGACAGCACGCAUUUGGCAAUUUAAACGAAGAGAGUGGAAGAGCAUUUUGUUGGAUAUGGCCACUCGUCCAGCAGGCCAAAAUCUUCAAGGAAUAGAAGAUAAAAUCACAAAAAUGAAAGUAACCAUGGUAGCUUGGGAUCGACAUGACAAUACAGUUAUAACUGCAGUUAAUAACAUGACUCUGAAAGUUUGGAAUUCUUACACUGGUCAACUUAUUCAUGUCUUAAUGGGUCAUGAAGAUGAGGUAUUUGUUCUUGAGCCACACCCAUUCGAUCCUAGAGUUCUCUUCUCUGCCGGUCAUGAUGGAAAUGUGAUCGUGUGGGAUCUAGCAAGAGGAGUCAAAAUUCGAUCUUAUUUCAAUAUGAUUGAAGGCCAAGGACAUGGUGCAGUGUUUGACUGCAAAUGCUCUCCUGAUGGCCAGCAUUUUGCAUGCACAGACUCUCAUGGACAUCUUUUAAUUUUUGGCUUUGGGUCCAGUAGCAAAUAUGACAAGAUAGCAGAUCAGAUGUUCUUUCACAGUGAUUAUCGGCCGCUUAUCCGUGAUGCCAACAAUUUUGUAUUGGAUGAACAGACCCAGCAGGCUCCUCAUCUCAUGCCUCCCCCAUUUUUGGUUGAUGUUGAUGGUAACCCUCAUCCAUCCAGAUACCAGAGAUUAGUUCCUGGGCGUGAAAACUGCAGGGAAGAGCAGCUCAUCCCUCAGAUGGGAGUAACUUCCUCAGGGUUGAACCAAGUUUUAAGUCAACAAGCAAACCAGGAGAUUAGUCCUCUGGAUAGCAUGAUUCAGAGACUACAGCAAGAGCAAGACCUGAGACGUUCUGGUGAAGCAGGAGUCGGUAAUACCAGUCGUUUAGGUAGAGGUUCUGUAAGUUCUGCCUCCGAAGUUCAUUCACCACCAAAUGUAGGACUAAGGCGUAGUGGACAAAUUGAAGGUGUGCGGCAAAUGCACAGCAAUGCACCUAGAAGUGAAAUUGCCACAGAGCGCGAUCUUGUGGCUUGGAGUCGAAGGGUGGUAGUACCUGAACUAUCAGCUGGUGUGGCCAGUAGGCAAGAAGAAUGGAGAACUGCGAAAGGAGAAGAAGAAGUAAAGACUUACAGGUCAGAAGAGAAAAGGAAACAUUUAAUGGUUGCAAAAGAGAGUAAAAUACUUAAUGUCUCAAAGAAUCAUGCUCAUGAGCAUUUACUGGAUCUUGGAGAACCCAAAAAGCAACAAGCAAAUCAACACAGCUAUCGUACAAGAUCUGCAUUGGAAGAGACGCUUAGACCCUUGGAGGAGAUAGAAAAUGGCACUAGUUCUUCAGAUGAAGGCGAGGUAGUUGCUGUCAGUGGUGGGACAUCGGAAGAGGAGGAGAGAGCAUGGCACAGUGACGGCAGCUCUAGUGACUACUCCAGCGAUUACUCUGACUGGACAGCAGAUGCAGGAAUUAAUUUGCAGCCACCAAAGAAAAUUCCUAAGCAUAAAACCAAGAAAGCAGAAAGCAGUUCAGAUGAAGAAGAAGAAUCUGAAAAACAGAAGCAGAAACAUGUUAAAAAGGAAAGGAAAAAAGUUCAUGAAGAAAGAGAUGGACCAACAUCACCAAAGAAAAAGAAACCCAAAGAAAGAAAACAAAAGAGAUUGGCUGUGGGAGAACUCACUGGCAAUGGUCUGACACUAGAAGAAUGGCUGCCUUCAACAUGGAUCACAGACACCCUUCCCCGCAGAUGUCCAUUCGUACCACAGAUGGGGGAUGAGGUUUAUUAUUUCCGACAAGGACAUGAAGCAUAUGUUGAAAUGGCCCGGAAAAAUAAAAUUUAUAGUAUUAAUCCUAAAAAACAACCAUGGCAUAAAAUGGAAUUACGGGAACAAGAACUGAUGAAAAUAGUUGGCAUAAAAUAUGAAGUGGGAUUACCUACCCUUUGCUGCCUUAAACUUGCUUUCUUAGAUCCUGAUACUGGUAAACUGACUGGCGGAUCAUUUACUAUGAAAUACCAUGAUAUGCCUGAUGUUAUAGAUUUCCUAGUCCUGAGACAACAAUUUGAUGAUGCAAAAUACAGGCGAUGGAACAUAGGUGACCGUUUCAGAUCAGUCAUAGAUGAUGCUUGGUGGUUUGGAACCAUUGAAAGUCAGGAACCUCUUCAGCCUGAGUACCCUGAUAGUUUGUUUCAGUGCUAUAAUGUCUGCUGGGACAAUGGAGAUACAGAAAAGAUGAGCCCUUGGGAUAUGGAGCUUAUACCUAAUAAUGCUGUAUUUCCUGAAGAACUAGGUACCAGUGUUCCUUUAACUGAUGUUGAAUGCAGAUCACUGAUCUAUAAACCGCUUGAUGGAGAAUGGGGUACCAAUGCCAGAGACGAAGAAUGUGAAAGAAUUGUUGCAGGAAUAAAUCAAUUGAUGACACUAGAUAUUGCCUCAGCAUUUGUAGCCCCUGUGGAUCUGCAGGCUUAUCCCAUGUACUGCACUGUAGUGGCAUAUCCAACGGAUCUAAGUACAAUUAAACAAAGACUGGAAAACCGAUUUUACAGGCGAGUUUCUUCCCUAAUGUGGGAAAUUCGAUACAUAGAGCAUAAUACACGAACGUUUAAUGAGCCAGGAAGCCCAAUUGUGAAAUCUGCUAAGUUUGUGACUGACCUUCUUCUACACUUCAUCAAAGAUCAGACUUGUUAUAACAUAAUUCCACUUUACAAUUCAAUGAAGAAGAAAGUAUUGUCUGAUUCCGAGGAAGAAGAGAAGGAUGCUGAUGUGCCAGGAACUUCUACCCGAAAAAGGAAGGAUCAUCAGCCUAGAAGGAGAUUACGUAACAGAGCUCAGUCUUACGACAUUCAAGAGUGGAAGAAACAAUGUCAAGAAUUGUUAAAUCUCAUAUUUCAGUGUGAAGAUUCAGAGCCUUUCCGCCAGCCUGUAGAUCUUCUUGAAUAUCCAGACUACAGAGACAUUAUUGAUACGCCAAUGGAUUUUGCUACUGUUAGAGAAACUUUAGAGGCUGGAAAUUAUGAGUCACCAAUGGAGUUAUGUAAAGAUGUCAGGCUUAUUUUUAGUAAUUCCAAAGCAUACACACCAAGUAAAAGAUCAAGGAUUUACAGCAUGAGUUUGCGCCUGUCGGCUUUCUUUGAAGAACACAUUAGUUCAGUUCUGUCAGAUUAUAAGUCUGCUCUUCGUUUUCAUAAAAGAAAUACCUUAACCAAAAGGAGAAAGAAAAGAAACAGAAGCAGCUCUAUGUCAAGUAGUGCUGCAUCCAGCCCUGAAAGGAAAAAAAGGAUCUUAAAACCCCAACUAAAGUCAGAAAUCUCUACCUCUUCACUUUCCACACCUACACGAUCAGUACCACCAAGACAUAAUGCUGCUCAGAUAAAUGGCAAAACAGAAUCCAGUUCUGUGGUUCGAACCAGAAGCAACCGAGUGAUUGUAGAUCCAGUUGUCUCUACCGAGCAGCCAUCUACUUCAUCAGCUGCAGUAAAGAGUUUCAUUGCAAAAGCUAACACAUCUGCAGUACCAGGGAAAACAGUACUGGAAAAUUCCAUGAAACAUUCCAAAGCCUUGAAUACUCUUUCAAGUCCUGGUCAGUCCACUUUCAGUCAUGGCGCUAAGAACAACUCUGCAAAAGAAAACAUGGAAAAGGAAAAGCCAGUUAAACGUAAAAUGAAGUCAUCUAUACUCUCAAAGGCAUCCACUCUUUCAAAGUCAACAGCUGUCAUUGAGCAAGGAGAUUAUAAGAACAAUGCUCUUAUACCUGGAACCAUUCAAGUAAAUGGCCAUGGAGGACAGCCAUCAAAACUUGUGAAGAGGGGGCCUGGAAGGAAGCCCAAGGGAGAUGUGAAUACCAGUAACAGUGAAGUGAUACACAAGAAAAGGGGAAGAAAGCCUAAAAAACCACAGUAUGCAAAGUCAGAAAAUAUAGAGCAGAAUAAUUUGCAUCCCAGCAGAGAUGAAGUGGUUCCUUCUUCAACAUGCAAUUUUCUGCCUGAAACAAAUAUCGUUAAGGAGGAUUUGCUACAGAAAAAGAGUCGGGGAGGCAGAAAACCCAAAAGGAAGACAAAAACACAAAAGUUAGAUGCAGAUCUCCUAGUUCCUUCCAAUGUUAAAGUACUAAGGAGAAGUAACCGGAAAAAGGCAGAUGACCCUAUUAUAGAUGAGGAGGAAGAGUUUGACACACUCAAAGGCUCUGAGCCCCACAUGAGAACUCGAAACCAAGGUCGGAGGACAGCUUUCUAUAAUGAGGACGACUCUGAGGAGGAGCAGAGGCAGUUGCUGUUUGAAGACACUUCUUUAACUUUUGGAACUUCUAGUAGAGGACGAGUCCGAAAGUUGACUGAAAAAGCGAAAGCUAAUUUAAUUGGUUGGUAACUUGAACCAAAAUAUUUACUUCAAAAAUCUAUGAAGCAGGUACAGUUAAGGAGUAAGUAGAACUAAGGCUUCUGCUUCCUUGCUGCUAUGGUGGAUUAGGGAAUGUUAUGAUUUGACUUGCAAAAGAAAACCUUAGAAGACACUUCACUUCUUCAAAUGAAUAUAUAUAAAUGUAUACAUAUAUAUUUUAAAUGUUUGCUAUUUAUUGCCCUUAGAUAGGUUAUGCAUUUCCACAUUCAUUUCAUUCAGUGUUUGAAACAGAAGAAAUUGAGGGCCGCUUGAGUUCCUGAUUAACUCAUGGAAGUGACAGCGCUGCUGCUCUCUUAGGGAGCAUAGUAUUCCUAGUGAUAGAGCAUUUCAUGUUCGGAAAAAUUACUUUUGGCCAAGCAAGGUACAUUUGUAUUGAUAUGGAAGUCAUGCCCCUAGGAAGAGAUGUUACACAGAGUAGCAGUAAUUUAAGAAAUGUGUUUCCUGUAAAGGUAAAUAGAAAAUUUUCACCAUUUAAUAUCCUAAAAACUUUUAGUUAUAGAAUGCUCAUCUAUGAAGACCUAGAAGAGGAUUUUGCUUUAUUCCAUUUCUGCCAAACUUAAGAGAAAAUAUACUGAUGAAAAGGAAACAUAUCCACAUUGGAAAACAUUUGACUGUCUAAUUUUUCAGACCUUGAUUCUUAUAUCAAUCACUCAAUCUCUGUUUAUUGUGCCAAAGACUGAAAAUCAGUGCAGUGGAAAGCCUGUUUUUGACUGUCAGGACAGCAUACACUUUUCAAUAUUAGAAAGGCUAUUUAUUCUAAAGAGCAAGUUAUUAAAGAGUUAUGCUGAGAUAUAUCUUUUUUUUGGUACUGAGUAGAAAAUAAUGCACUGGUGGGUCCUUUGACAGAGAUGUCUUAGAGAAAAUGUGUAAGUGGUUAAAGGAUUCAAGGAAAAUACAGGAAAAAAGGUAUGAGACUUGAUGUUUACUUGUUGAUCUGGAUUAAUGUCAUUUCUAAACUUUAGACAUAUCUGAUAGGCUAAAAUGGCUUACAAAGAAAUGUGUCUGUGUGUGUAUGUGUAUAUAUUGAUAAAUGGGUAUAAUUAAAUAUAUAUACAAACACAUACUUAUAUAUA